GAAUGCGCAGAUGAUUAACAGGCCUGGUGCUUAAUGAGUACUUCCGCUUCUGAUACUGUCGUGCCUUGUUUACGUGCUUCCGGUUAUAUGCAACCAAGUUCCUGCAUGUAUCUAUUUACCCGGGCGGGCGUCGGAUUCCAUCGAAAGAUCCGAGCCGCUUCGAUACGAUUCACAGCUCUUGGUUUUCGUAUUUAUAUUUGCCUAUCAUUCCGUCUCGAACUAAGCAUUAUCAUCCUGUAAACAACGCUAUUGUUUCAAUGCGCUCUACAUCCCAGCUGGCGACGACACCUUUGUGGCAGAUUCUUCCAGAGAGUAUGUCUUUCGAAGAGCGGAUCAAGCUUACAUAUGCAAGGUGCAAGUCUGUCGUGCAACAUUUCAGUCUAACAGCUGAGGAUAUCCUUAAUGUCACACCGAGAUAUUGGGAGUUCCAUAACGAUCCUUUAAUUGUCAUGGACGUCUCCGUUGCGACACUCUUGACCAUUCACUUCAACCUCUGCAUUGGAACGUUGGCGAUGUAUUUGGAUCGCCGUCCAGACCUCAAGGAAACCAUCGAUCGACUUUUAAGUUUCGAAUGGAGUGGGCAAUAUUGUCUUACAGAACUUGGGCACGGUCUCGAUGUUCUUAACAUGGAGACCACAGCAAGAUUACUACCAAGUGGAGAAUUCGAGCUUGACACUCCGGUAGCCCAUGCAGCCAAGUUCAUGCCGCCGACUGCUCCAUCCGGAAUUCCUUGUGUAUCCAUCGUACACGCUCGUCUCCUUGUCGAGGAGGAAGACCGUGGACCUAAGGUCUUUCUUGCCAAACUCCAUGAUGGAAAAGGGAUGAACCAAGGAGUCAUAUCCAAAGUCCUCUCUCCUCGUGGUGGAGCCCGUCCGGUAAAGCACUGCCUGACGUACUUCAAGAACGUAUGCCUCCCGGCUUCCGCCUUGCUAGGAUCACUCGACCGACCAAAAGAUCCCCGUACCGCCUUUUUUUCCAACAUAUCUCGUGUCAUUUCUGGAACAUUGUCCAUGGGUGCGGUAGGGAUUUCGUCGAUGAGGAUUUCAUCGUACAUUGCAGCCAAGUACAGUCUCCGGCGUCGAGUGGUUGACUCUUAUACUAGACAGCCAAGGGAGAUCAUGUCGUUUGUCACCCAGUACACGCCCGUCCUCACGGCCAUUGCGCAGACCCUUGUGUUGGCCGUAUUCGCAGAAACGUCUCGAGAGAUGUAUGUGAUCGCUGAAGACCUGGCCUCGAAGCAUUUCAUCGCUGCCAUCUUCAAGACGAUAGUCAUGAAACUGACCAGUACCGCGACCCUAACUCUUGGAAUACGAUGUGGGGCCCAAGGACUUUUCGAAGUGAACCAACUUUCAGUCUUGAAUGCUGAUAUGCGAGGCGCCGCCAUAGCCGAAGGCGAUAUUCUAGGCAUAUCUAUACGGUUUGCCAUGGAGCUUCUGUUAGGACGCCUUUCCUCCCCUUCGACCCCGUAUCCCAGCAGCCUUCUCUACAAACACGAACAGGACUUGUUGAUGGCGCUCCGUACUAAACUGGCCUCAUUCUCCAAUCACAGGAGCACACCCGCAGAAAACGCACUCCUCCCGCACUGCCAGCCCCUGAUUGAAGCCAUCGGAUUCCGCAUGGCAUAUGACGCAGCACGCGAAAGGAGACUGGAUCCCGCCAUCGUCGACAUGUUCGUUGCGAGCGCGAUAGCAGCCGACCCGGCUUGGUUCUCGGAGAAAGCGAAACUAGCACGUGAGAAGCAGGUGGAGAUGGAGGUUGGCGCGGCGUCGGCUCUGCUUCCGCGGUUGGAUCAACUGUUGGAGAUGCUCGAUGUUGAGCAUUAUGUGGUGGCUCCCAUCGUUUCGGAUGAACAAUGGGAGAGGUACGUGGAGUCUCUGGAGACACAUGGAGGUGUGUGUCCUGGAUUUGAUACUUACGAGUACUAUCAGUAAUCAUAGAGCCGAGUAAUUAGUAGUAUUCAUGAAAACUCCAAGCAUU